UGCUCAUAUGUCCUUCAGCGUCAAAGAUGGAUGUAGUGACACCAAAGUCAACUCAAGCGUGGAUGAUCAUCAUUCUGAAGUUACUGUGGUAGCUUCUCAAGGGAUUGCUAAUGAAUCAAGUGAAGCUGUACAAGAUAAAAAGGCUGAAACAGUAGAAGAAAGGAAUGCUGAUGUUUCAGACUUAAGUAUGAGUAAAUCAACUGAUGUUCAUUUGAAUAUCCGGUUGCCCGAUGGUUCUAGCCUACAAGAGAAGUUCUCCUUAACGAGCACUUUGAGAAUGGUCAAAGUCUAUGUAGAUGAAAACCAAGCAAGUGGCAUUGGCUCUUAUGAUUUAGCUGUUCCUUAUCCUCGCAAAGUAUUCAAUGAUCAAGAGUUGAACCAAACAUUGUCGGAGCUGGGUCUUUUCAACAGGCAAGCAUUGAUAGUGGUUCCCCGUGGCCGAUCUACUUUUCAUUAUGGAGGAGGAUCUUCCUCUCGUAAUCAAUCAAAUUACAACACUCUAGUUGAUUCUUCAAGUGGAAGCAAUGAAGGAUAUUUUACAUUCGUAAAAAGGAUUAUAUCUUACAUGAAUCCUUUCUCCUAUCUUGGUGGUGGUGCCAGCUCAUCAAAUUCUAUGCAGGAAUCACAGACCAGCACGUGGCAAUAUGGUCCAAAUCCUACGCUGCAGAAUAACCUAGGGGGCACGGGAAGACCCUAUACUCUCCAGUCAUCAACCCAAAACAAUCCUGGGACCAGCAGAAAUAACAGCAAGAGCAAGCAACAAAACCCGUCUCGUUUUGGAAGCAAUAUUCACACACUAAAACAUGAUGGAGAUGAUAGCCGUGACAGAAAUGCCUUCUGGAAUGGGAAUUCAACCGAGUAUGGUGGUAACAAAGAUGAUAAAUAAGAUCACAAGAAUGCCCUUUUAACAAAAUGCAGGUUUCUGAUCUUUGAUUUUGGGUUAAACUCGGAAAAAACAAGUAGAAGAAUAUCUUACCAAGAAAUUAACUCCUUGCAAUAUAUCAUUAUGUCUGUCAAGUAUUUCAUUAUUUGUGUAAAUAUACUCUUUUUAGGUCAUGUGGUCGAAACAUGGAUUGCAUAUAUCAUUCCCAGAAUUUGAUUUCAGCGGUAAAA